GGCUAUCAUUAUCAGUAUUUCUUUUCAUUAACCAUAAAAUUCACUCUUACAUAAUCGAAACAGUUAUAUCAUCAUAAAACUUGUGUUCGAAUCGAACCACUGUAGUGGACAAUUAAUUAUUGAUUGAUAUUUCUCGAACCGCCUUUUUUUGUCUAUAUGUAAUGUUAUGGAUGAGUUAAAUCAUAUUCUCAUUGAUUAUCCAGCACCAUUUUUCUUUACAGAAGGGGAAGUCACCUUUCUUGUGAUCAUUUUUGUCACUGUGAUUAUUUUAGCCGUCCUUGGGAAUACAGUGGUCUGCAUUUUAUUACGUUUUCGUUAUUGUACCACCUUCAAAUGUCUACGAACAUUGUUAGGACGUAAUAAAAGUUCCACGUUCAUAAGAUCUUUUAACAGUAAUAAUAUUAAUUAUAAUAAUAAUAACAAUAUUAAUAUUGUUCAUAAUGAUAAUCAUAAUAAUAUUGAUCCAUGGGUUGAAGAAUGUCCAAGUAGUCAGCAUGAAUGUAGUUGUGGUAAAACCUGUAUAGUCCAGAAUACACCUCGAUAUGUUGUUUUCAAGUCAACACAGAAAUCCGAGCAGCCGCAGCACCACCACCACCAUCAACACCAACAACUACCACACCAACAUCAACAACCACCAAUCACUCGAAAUUAUGCUGGUUCUCUUACAGUGACAACGCAUUUCCCUACAUUCCCCACCGCGGAUAAACGUGGAAGUCUAGUAAGUAAUUAUGGUAAAUUACAAGCGAAUUACACAUCUUCUUCGACCUCUUCGAAGAGUGGAAUGCGUAGCACCAGUAUAACAAGUCUAUUUUUAUUCAAUUUGAGUCUUGCAGACAUCCUAAUGGCAGUGUUAUGUAUACCAGUGUAUGUUUUCACUGAAAUUAUCUAUCUAUCCUGGCCACUUGGUGAACCAUUGUGUAAAAUUGUCCCUUAUGCACAAGGUGUCAGUGUAUUUGUCAGUGCAUUGACGCAUGUAUUAAUCUCAUGGGAUCGAUUUAUUCUCGUGUUCUUCCCUCUACGUCCUAGAAUGACGCAUCGUAAAGCUGUUUGCCUACUUUUCGGUGUAUGGAUUUUAGCGUUAAUCAUCCCAUUGCCUGUACCAAUUGUUAAUCGGAUAAUGGAGAGAGAGAAUAAAACUUUUUGUCAAGAAGAUUGGAGUCUCCUCCUGGCGACAAUACAACAAACGACGGGGAAUAAUUUUACAGAUUAUGAACCAAAUAAAAAUGAAAUAUCUAUCAAGUUAUUUCAACAAGUAAUCACUAUAAAGGUGGAUGUGGUUUACACAAUACUCCUUAUGAUUCUACAAUAUUUUUUACCGUUAGGCGUUAUCUGUGGAACAUAUACAGCUAUAGCACUUCGUGUGAAUCGUUUAAAAACUCCAGGGGAACGUGAUAGUGCUAGAGAUCAAAAGUUGACUAGAGCUAAACGGAAGAUGGUAAAAAUGCUCACCUUAGUCGCCUUGAUGUAUGGUCUAUCCCAGUUACCAAGACAUGCAAUCUACUUACAUGGAUUAAUCAAUAUUGAUUUUUGGACUAAAUCGUAUGCCUUAAAAGUUUGGGCUGCUGCUAACUUUGCACGUGAUUCAUCUACAUGUUAUAAUCCGUUUAUCUAUGCAUGGAUAAAUAAGACAUUUCGUCAGGAUAUAUAUCGACUCUUCUAUUCAUGUAUUAUAGUGUGUAUACCAAAAGGUUUGAUGAAAAAAUCAACACACUCAGAUGAUCAAACGCGUGGAACAUCAUCGAUAAAGAAAGGGAAGAAGAAUACAAAUGGUAACAAUAAUAAUCAUAAUAAUAAUAAUAAGACCAAUAAUCAUCGCUUACCAAUUAUUCGUACAAUUCCACCCUCAUCUAUAUCUGAAAGUCAUAUGAAUUCGUUGAAAUCGCGUAGAUCCUUCAAAUGAUCAUCAUAAUGAUAUCAUGUUCAGUGGUUUGUAUGUGUGCAUGUAUGCUUUCUGAUUUAUUAUGGAUAGAUGGAUAGAGAGUUACACUGCAAAUGAGUUAUUUGUUGACUAAUAUGUUAUGAUCAAGUAAUCUGUAUAUAAAAUUGUAAAUUGACAUUUUGACAUUUUGUUUUUAACGACAACUCGACAACCUCUGAGCAAUUUGAAAGCUGUAUUAAAUUCUGUACAGAAUAUAUAUAACUAUAUA